AAAAAUCUUAAUAAAAAGCGAAAAUGGAUAUGGAUUUACUUGUAAAGUUUAUUAUUUACAUGGUCAUCGUAUCUAGCACUGUGGAUUUUGCUUUGGGUAAACCAAUUUCAUAUAAAUCUGGUAAGAUUUAUUAUGGAUUUGAUUUACAAACUUCAGGCAAAGACUUGGAAAUUUCAGCUUUGGAUAAAAUUCACAAAAGACAGGUUGUACAACCUACCUGGCUUACAAACUUCGAUAACACAAAUAGACUUCUUGACGAGAAAGUGAAAAUUACGGAAAAAAGUUUGAAAGAAGCUGCAGCUAUACGACAGACCAUACAAGAAGCAGUGAAUGAGGGGAAAUAUGCUGUUGAAAUGACUAACCGUUCAGCACACGGACCACCAUUGAGCUUUGAUACAACACCACAAAAUGCACAGUGGAAUUUCCGAUGGCCAAUAAAUACACCAAAUGAACAACCAAACAGUUUUAUGGAGGACAUGCAACGAGCUUGGCAGAAUGUUUUGGACAAGUAUAGGCAAAUGUUGGGUAUUAAUUAAAAAAUAAAUCGACUUUUAUUUAUGUUUUUGUAUUACUUAUUCUUUUCUUGAUACAUGUUAAGUUGAUGUUAUUUUGCAAUUUGAAUUUCUUAAUUAUAUAUUCUGUGUUUACAAAUUAAAGAUUUCUCUCCGUAUGUAAAGCGAAUAAGGAUUCGAAUUUAUGUUUUAUGUAAAAAUGAUUUUUGCAUUCGUUCACUUACAGCGAAGCACGAAAACCGACUUAUUCGUUAUUAUAUUUUUAAAAUAAUAAUAGAUUUCUGAUACUUAAAUUAACUAAUAUAUAUAUAUAGAAAAUAGAUAGAUAAGUUUUUUAAUUUUUACUACAUUCUUGAAUCGUAUAUUAAAUGCUAACAUUUUUUUAAUUAUAUAUAUAUAUA